CUAAGGAAUCCACCCGGGCGGGAAAUGUUUGCAAAACCCCAAUUGUUGUUGCGACCAAUCCGAAUCCGAACCCACGAUGCCGUCGUCAACCUCUCCUCGGCUCAUCUCAAUCGACGUCCUCCUCCGUCGCACUACCAUCAUCUCCUUCCCGGCGGCCUUCAUCCUGCUCCUAAUCCAUGGCAUCUCGGCCCAGCUGGCUUUCCCGGCCCUGGGUCUGCUGCCCCUCGCGGCCUCGGCCUUCCUCGGCGUCUUCAUCCUCAACCGCGAUCGAGUCGCCGCUCUCGGCUCUCCCAUCCAGUCGCUGACCCCCUACAACAUCUUCGUCUCGGAUAUCGUCAUCGCCGCCUCCUUGCUGGCCUUCUUGAUCCCGAGCUGGAUCAUGCUGACGGAAUCCCACCCGCGGGGCCUGGUUGUUCUGGGGACGUAUGGGACCGUGUUCAUGAUGGUUGACUUUGCCAUUCAUGUGUACCUGGCUGGUAACCACUUUCUGCACCUCUUCGCCUUUCGGGCCUGCGAUUGCCCGCACUGCCGGAGUGGCUCGCUGCAGGGCCAGCCCGGACCCGACACGCUCGAGAUAACCAUUUCUAGUGACGACGCUGGAAUGGAAUUUGGCGACAGGGCCGUUGAGGCUGGAUGUAUGCGUGAGACGACCCCUAUGCUGUCUCGAGCGCAGAUGGUAUGAAGGAUUUAACCGGCUUGUGGGUUGUUGCCUCGGUAUCUGUGCUGGUUCUCGUUGUUGCGCCUGUGUUGUCAUGGUGCGUGCCGAUAGGCCGCUUUCUGCGCGUUGGCAAGCGUUGUAUUUUCACUUGUCGGUAGGAAAUACGUUGAACUUAUCCUUAUGGAAACCUGUCACAUUGCUCUUCUAAUCACAAGGAGUGUGAUCAGCAGAUGUCGGGACCCUGAACCAUUAGUUUGGUGGUCCAUGAGCCAUUCGAGACACAAGAGAGUGGAUUAGGCAGCUGUGAUAGAGAAGUGAGAAUAGGGUGGCAGAAUCUUGAC